GAUAUCUCGGAUAGGUACCACCUACAGGACUGGUUCAAAGGGCAGCAGCUGGGACUCAGCGAGUACUACCUAAUGGUUUGGGACACCAAGUGGGCCCUGGAGUGGCCGGAGCGUGACAUGGCACCAGGCACCCCGAACACUUUCCUCAUCUCUAAGUCCUCGCCAACUGUGGAUUUCCUGGCCGAAAUGACGCACGUAUGGCCCCCAGCCCCCGGCGCCAGGGUCUCAGGCGCUGACCGGAGCCGCCCUGCUGGAAUCGCGCUGGUCCACUACGACGCCAAAAGGAACGGUCCCUUCCACGAUAACGACGACACAGUCGCAAGGCCCCGCCCAGGCCAGGCAUCUUACAGGGUCGAUCGCACCACGAGGAAGACCCAGUAUAACAAGGUCAACGCGGCGAUACGAGAUUUCUUUUCACUCGGGUGGGAAAAGGCGGCUUUCUGGGGCACCGCCCUCCCACCCAUCGUAUGGACGCUUGUCUUCCGACACAAGGACUACGACAGCAAGGCCAGAGCCCUCGCCGUGCCAGUCCAGGAAGAAGCGGCAGACCUUCUGCUGGCGCAGGCCUCGGUGAUCCUGGAGCGCAUCAUCGACGACCAACCCCGCGCCGACCCACGUACCGGCAGACCUGCACUGACGCCGCAACUGGCGGAUAAUUCCCCAGGCAGCGUUUUCCAGCGACUUCUGCCGGCCCCUAGGGAGGAGCAACUUGCGCACAUCUGUGACCUGCACCGAGCCAACGACGCGCAGCGGCGCUGCGCGCUAGCGACACAGAACGCCCUGCUCACCCUCUGCCACGGACCUCCCGGGACUGGGGAGACCAAGGACAAGGUUAAGGGAAGCGUGGCCAAAUCGAUCACCCCUGCGGCAAAGUACGCCAAUAUGUACAACGUAUCUGAGGGCGACGUCAACACGUGGCACGUGAACUGGUUCCGCAA